UCCUCUGCUCUUCUUUGUGCUGCGAAGGACUACACAUGGAGAGCAAACCGGUUAGCAAAACCGACGGCUCUGAUUUCCCCCCAGACCUUUCUUACCAAUCUGGGUUUGGGAACCACUUGGCGUCGGAGGCUAUCCCUGGAGCUCUGCCUGAGGGUCAAAACAGCCCGCUCAUCUGCCCCUACGGCCUCUAUGCCGAGCAGAUAUCUGGCACCUCCUUCACCUCCCCUCGCAAGCUCAACCUGCGCAGUUGGCUAUAUCGUAUCAAACCAUCGGUUACCCACGAGCCAUUUAAACCUCGCAUACCAGGUCAUGGGAAGCUCGUGAGUGAAUUUAACCAGUCCAACAGUUCUCUCACGCCGACUCAACUACGAUGGAAGCCUGCAGAUCUUCCCCAUUCACCAACAGAUUUUAUUGAUGGGCUAUACACUGUAUGCGGGGCUGGCAGCUCAUUCCUACGGCAUGGAUUUGCUAUUCACAUGUACUCGGCCAACAAAACAAUGGAUAGCUGCGCCUUUUGCAAUGCUGAUGGUGACUUCUUAAUAGUUCCACAAGAAGGAAGGCUAUGGAUCACUACUGAAUGUGGGAGAUUGCAAGUUUCCCCUGGUGAAAUUGCUGUUUUACCUCAAGGAUUUCGUUUUGCUGUUAAUCUACCUGAUGGCCCAUCACGUGGUUAUGUUGCUGAGGUUUUUGGUAGCCAUUUUCAACUUCCUGAUCUUGGACUCAUAGGUGCUAAUGGUCUUGCUGCUCCAAGGGAUUUUCUUGUUCCUAUGGCCUGGUUUGAAGACUGUUCCUGUCCAGGCUAUACCAUUGUACAAAAGUUUGGCGGUGAACUGUUUACUGCAAGACAGGAUUUCUCUCCAUUCAAUGUAGUUGCUUGGCAUGGUAACUAUUUUCCAUACAAGUACGAUCUAGGUAGGUUCUGCCCUUACAAUACCGUUUUAAUUGAUCAUGGUGAUCCAUCAAUAAACACAGUAUUGACAGUGCCUACUGAAAAACCUGGUGUGGCGCUCCUCGAUUUUGUCAUUUUCCCUCCCCGAUGGGUGGUUGCUGAGCAUACAUUCCGGCCUCCAUAUUUCCAUCGCAAUUGUAUGAGUGAAUUCAUGGGUCUCAUUCGCGGUGGCUAUGAGGCAAAAGCUGAUGGUUUCCUCCCAGGUGGUGCAAGCCUUCAUAGCUGCAUGAGUCCCCAUGGUCCUGAUACCAAGUCAUAUGAGGGAACCAUUGCACGCGGAAAUGAGGCAGGGCCGUAUAGAAUUGCUGAUACCAUGGCUUUUAUGUUCGAAUCCAGUCUCAUCCCCCGCAUCUGCCCAUGGGCUCUCGACUCACCCUUCAUGGAUCCCAACUAUUACGAGUGUUGGCUUGGACUGAGAUCCCAUUUUAAACCUGGAUCGAGACGUAAAUCAUGAUAAAGCCAUACGGAAUGGACAUGAUGACAUUUAAAUUGCACCCUUCCUUUCGUGGUUGAUAUUACACUAUCAAGCUAAAGGCAAAAAUAUAUAUAUUUCCAUCCAGCAUGUACAUAUAUAAUUAAUAUGCAACGCAAUUAAAAAAAAUAAUAAUAAUAGGAAGUGUGAGAGGAUUUAGUGCAUGUCUGUCUGUCUUAUGGUGCUGCUUGUCGUGUCUUUGUAUAAUAAUCUCGUGAUUGUGCAAACUAUGUACAUUUGCUGUUUAUAAAUACGAUUGUCAUAACAUUUACUUAUUAAA